UUUUGUGGCAAUCAUACAGGAUUUCUUUUUGUAUCUUUAUGUCCAAUCCUUGAAAUUAAUACAUUUAAACGAGCAUAAUUGUGUUUCCUGUCUAAGUAAAAAUAAUAAAAUAAUAAUAAUAUGGCCCAAUGGAGGAUUCUGCUUGAGGAAGACACAUUUGAAAUUGAGCAACUUGCUGUCGGAUACUGAGGUGGAAUAAACGUGCAGGAUUUAAAACGUAAGUUUUACUGGACGAAGAAAUGAUUGCCAUCCCAAUUUAAGAAUGCUAGAGGCAGUUGUGCUGCAGGAUAUAUCGAAUUUCGUGAUGAAUCGCAGAUUAACUUGCGAUAAUCUGUUAAUCUUUUAAACUGAUUGUAAAAAAAAAACAAAUGGCAGAAUCUUCAGAAAGUGAAUAUCAGGAGCAGUUUAGCUGUCCAGUCUGUUUGGAUCCACUGAAGGACCUGGUGGUGAUUUCAUGUGGACACAGUUACUGCAUGAGCUGCAUUACUGACUGCUGGGGCCAAAGGGAUCAGGGCCCACCAUGUUGUCCCCAAUGCAGAGUGAUCUUCAAAAAGAACACAGUUUUAGCUGAGAUGAUGGAGAAGCUGAAGAAGAUAUCCACACAAACUGCUCCCUGUUCUCAAGAGGAAUGUUGUGUGGAGUGUGAUGUUUGCACUAUAGAGAAGAACAGUGCUGUAAAGUCCUGUCUGCAGUGUUUGGCGUCCUUCUGUGAAACUCACCUGCAGAUUCACUAUCAGUCUCCUGCAUUUAUGAAGCACAAACUCAUCAAAGCCUCCACACACCUUCAAGAGAACAUUUGUCUCAGUCAUGGAAGACUUCUGGAUAUUUACUGUCAGGAUGACAGGCAGUGCAUUUGUUACUUGUGCAUGAUUGACAAUCAUAAAGGCCACAAUGUGGUAUCUGUGGAAUCUGAAUGCACUAAGAAAAAGAAGGUUUUAAAGAGAAAAAAGGUGAAAUGUCAAAAGAUGAUCCAGGAGCGGGAGAGAGGUCAACAGGAAAUCGGUGAGGCGGUGAAGUCUUUUAAUAUCUCAGCACAAGAGGCGUUGGAGGACUGUGAGAAGGUCUUCUCUGAGCUCAUCUGCUCUCUUGAGAUAAAACGCUCUGAGAUGAAAGAUUUGAUCAGAUCUCAGGAGAAAAAUGACAUAUAUCAAGCAGAGAACCUUCACAAACAGCUGGACCAGGAGCUGACAGAACUCAAACAAAGAGAUGAGGAGAUACAGAAACUUUUAAUUACAGAUAAUCAGGUCCAUUUUCUGAAGAAUCUUUAUUCCCUGUGUGUUUUACCCACGUUUCAAGACUUGCCCAUCAUCACUCAGCACCCUUAUCUGUCUUUUAAAGACAUUUCAGUUUUAGCCUUCAGAAAGGUUUUGGAGGAUGUUUGUCAAAAGGAAACAGCCAAAAUAUCUCAAGAUGUGUCAUAUGUGGAUGCUGCAGAGUCUCCAGACCCCAAGACUCCAAAUGAAUUUAUGCAGUAUUUCUGUGAGAUUCACGUGGAUCCGAAUACUGCACACAGAAACCUCAAACUGUCUGAAGGGAACAAAAAAGUAUCAGACACAUGUGAAGCCCAGGAGUGUCCUGAUCAUCCAGACCGAUUUGAUAGUGUUCAUAGCAUCCUGUGUAGAGAGGCUUUGCAUGGCCGUUGUUAUUGGGAGGUUGAGUGGAGCGGGAAUGAAUUGGCUAUUGCAGUUUGCUAUAAAGGCAUUGGUCGUAAAGGGAAAGGUAAAGCCUGUAGACUUGGCUUCAACAAAAAUUCCUGGAAGUUGACACGCUCUCUACAGAAAAUAUAUUUCAGACAUGAUACAGAAAAUGUCUGUGUCCCUGCUGUCUGCUCCUCUAGAAUAGGGGUGUAUCUGGAUCACAGGGCAGGAACUCUGUCUUUCUACAGUGUGUCUGACACAAUGACUCUACUGUGCAGAGUCCAGACCACUUUCACUGAACCUCUUUAUCCUGCGUUUGGGUUUGGAGCGGGUUCAUCUAUCACAAUCAUAGAGAAAGGGGGAGUUCAAACAGACCAAUAAUAUAAACAAAUUUUUUUGCUAACUAGUACCAUAAGAAAUGCCUUAUAUAUUCCCUGAUCAAUAUGUACAUAUAUAUAUAUAUAUAUAUAUAUAUAUAUAUAGAUAUGCAUGUUAUUACUGACGCUUUGAUUAAAAGUGUGGAAAUGUAAAGGGGAAAUAAAACUCAAUCAUUUAUUUUAUGUGUCAAAUGUUUAUUAAAUCAAAGUAAAAUUGUACUAGGGAGGCAGUGGUGGCUCAGUGGUUGAGGCUCUGGGUUACUGACCAGAAGGUCAGGGGUUCAAGCCCCAACACCACCAAGACACCACUGUUGGGCCCUUGAGCAAGGCCCUUAACCCUAUCUGCUCCAGGGGCGCUGUAUCAUGGCUGACCCUGCACUCUGAAUGCAGCUUAGCUGGGAUAUGUGAAAAAUAAAUAAUUUCACCAUGUAUAUAUAUAUGCAGAAAUGUAUAAUGUGUGACAAUUGAUCAAUUUAUUUAUUAGUAUGCUUGAAUAAAAGAUGAUUGGGUUUUGAAACCCAAACAGUGCAU